CAAACCCCCAAGCUGGGCCGUGCACGGAAUCUUGUUUCGAGGUAAAUUGUGCUCAUGUGCAAUUACCCAAUUUCGAAAUGCUUAUUAGAUGCGAGGGCACUGCCCUGGUUGACAAACGGCCAACUUCCAUCAUGUAUACUUCACGGUCUUUACUUCUCUCUUUCGCAGCAUUUGCGGCUUCUCUCCCCACCAAUGAACAGCACUUGUCGCUCUCGAGACGCAAUGCGACGAUCGAGCAAAGCGUGUUCUUCGACAUCAACGGCGCCGAAGUAGAAACCAGAAUCGCAAAAUUGAAAGCUGAGGGAUACCAACCAACGUCUCUCAACAUCCAUGGCUCGCCCAACGAUGCCAAGUACGCCGGCAUCUGGAUAAAACAGAACGGCAGCGCGUACGAGACCAUCCUGGGAGCCAACAAAACCGUGUAUGAUGCCUGGUUGGACCAAUGGAAGGCCAACGGAUACGUUUCCACCCACGUCUCCGCCACUGGUUCAGCCUCCAACGCGAUAUUCGCGGGAGUGAUGCAAGAUAUGUCUUCGGCUGUUAAUUGGACACAGCUGUGUGGUCUCGACAAUCCUUACUUGUACCAAAAUGCGACUUUGGACUCCCCAAUGACUAUCAAGGGCGUGAGCAUGUAUGGUAACCCGAACGAGCGUCGGUAUUGCAUCCUCGGACACGAGAACACGGACAACCAUCAACAGACCGUGUGGUACCAGAGAGACGCUGUUGUGAGAGACUACAAGACGUUGGCAGCAGAAGAGACGUCAAAAAGAUUCUGGAGACCAGUCUAUAUCGACCUCGCGGAAGACUUGCUUCUUACACCCAUUUUCGAUGAUACCAGCGUUGGACAAUGGACUGUGUUUACAGAUCUCACCACUUCGGCAUUGCAUUCGGAGAUUGCCUCGCAGAAGGCCAAGAACAUGUAUCCCAUCCACAUCUCGGGCGCAGGCUCAGCAGGAGCAAGAUAUGCUGUGAUCUUUGCUGAACAGACUACUCCUCUGGAGCGCGAAUGGCACACCACAGGCGCCGUCACAGGUUUCGAUGACAACGCCAAGGUCAGCAACGCUUUGGACCAAGUCAUGCAAACCUUCAUGAAGAGGAACAGCGUAAGACAAGCCCAGGUUGCCGCCUCAGUCAACGGCACAGUCAUCGCUUCCCGCGGAUUCACAUGGGCGGAGAGCGACCGCGCCGUCGUCCAGCCCUCGGACAAAUUCCUCCUCGGCAGCGUGUCCAAGGCCUUCACAUACGCAGCAACCGACCACCUCAUCUCCACCGGCCUACUCAACCUGUCUACGCCCGUCUACCCUCUCCUCGGCUACAACGCACCUGCAGACCCGCGCGCGCUCAACAUCACAGUCCAACACUUGCUCGACCACACAGCGGGUUAUGACCGCUCAAUGUCGCCUGAUCUCGGCUUCAUAUUCACCAUGGUCGCGCAGUCGUUGAACCAGUCCACGCCCGCGACCCUGCGCCAGCUCAUCGAGUAUGUCUACGAGCGGCCGCUGGACUUCACGCCGGGAGAAAGGAGCGUGUACUCGAACUACGGGACCAUGCUGCUGAGCUACGUGAUGAAGAAUCUGACAGGCGAGUCGUACGAGAGCUACAUUCAGAAAAACGUGCUCAACGGGUUGGAGGUCGAGUUAUAUCCCACGGCGGCGGAGCUGCAUCAGAACGAUUCAAUUGUGCAGGAGUCAAAGUACACGAGUUUCUCUGCGUUGACGCCGCUGUCGCAGGUUCAAGUAUCGGAUGUAUUUGGCGGUGAUGGAUCGAUCAAAGAGGAGGCGAUUGGCGCGUUUGGACUGAAGGCCUCUGCGGCUACGAUUUCUCAGUUCCUCGGAAGCCACGCUGCUUAUGGGAUCGGAGGUCGCCAGGACUGGACCAAUCGCGAUGGCAGUGUGUCUGGUGCGCGCGCGCUUGCGUACAGCUUGUCUGAGCUGGACUGGGCGAUAAUGCUGAACACUAGGGAGUAUGUCGAUGAGAACGCGUGGCAGCGACUGGUGUUCACCGACAUCGUAACUGCAUGGGGUCGCUUCUAAAGGGCACCAUGUUCGGUCUUCUUCUUCUUCCCUUGUAGCAUAUUCACAUUGUAGAUGUUCUUUAAUGAUAGAAUGGAGCCACCUGGCGACCCUCAUUGCCUAUGUGCCCUUUGGAGACAAGCGAAAAACAAGAUGCAUCAGUGAACACAAGCUCGAGGUGGCACUGGUGUCUAGAGGAGCAAAAGACAGUCCUGCCCACAGACUGUGCUUGGAGAUGAGGUGAGCAAAAAGGCAAAAGACCAAAAACAUACAACAGCGGGUAUUCGCUAGUGGUCACCCACCUAACUACUAAUCCG